UUUCCUAAGAGAAAGCUCUUUAGCAUGAGAAACGCAUUUCUCAUUGCUUAACUCAAAGCAGCUAAAAUAAUAUUGCAUUAAUGACAGUGAUAAAUAUGUUUGUGUAUUUAUUGUUUGUACUUGUAGUAACUCCCUUAGCCUACCAUUAACCAAAACUGCCUUUUCCCACAGGUCUAACUGAAAAGCAAUCAAGACCAAAAAAACACAUAAAAAUCUGCUCAAUUCCGGAAGGUACAACAGAAAAUGCCCUUUAAUUCGAACCCUAGCUUGGAUCAUACUCAAUGGGUCAUCAACAUUCGCAGAGCCCUCGAGGAAGAUUUGGAAGAGGAUGUGGAAGCUCCUGUAUGCAUUUUCAAUGUUCCUAAAAUGUUGUUGUCUGGUGAUCCAGAUUUGUACACUCCACAGGAAAUUGCUUUAGGCCCUUACCAUUGUUGGCGACCUGAACUUUAUGAGAUGGAAAGAUACAAGCUAGCUGCAGCAAAAAGAACUCAGACGCAACUGCAAAGCCUUUGUUUUCAACUUCUUGUUGAGCAGUUGACACAUGUGGAGCCUAGAAUUCGAGCUUGUUAUCACAAAUACUUGGAUUUUAACGGUGAAACUUUAGCAUGGAUGAUGGCAAUCGACGCCUCAUUCUUGCUCGAGUUCCUUCAAAUCUAUGCCACCAUUGAAGGUAAAACUUUAUCAAGAAUUCCUUCAAGAAUGUCACAUUUUGUUGAUUAUUCAGGAAGGAAACCUGGGCACAAUGCAAUUCUUAGAGAUAUUGUCAUGUUGGAGAAUCAAAUACCACUUUUUGUACUGAGAAAUAUUUUGGAAUCACAACUCUCAUCAGCACAAUCUGCUGACGACAUGUUGCUUUCAAUGUUGUUGGGAUUAUGUAGAGAGAUCUCUCCUUUUAAAAUGGAGGAGUUGCCAAUGAUAAAAAUUGCAGAAUGCACUCACAUUCUAGACUUUUUGUACCGCAUGAUUGUGCCUCUGGUGGAAGAAACGUCUGCAGAAGAAGUUGAAAGCCAUGAUCAUGAGACUGAGCAAGAAAAAGGGUCGAAAUGGAAUCAUUUAAGGAGGCUAUUUUCAAAAAUAAGACAAGUUCCAGUGCAGAGAAUAAUAAGGAAAAUGGUGUCAUCAAAGCCUGUUGUAGUCGUGCUAAGAUUACCUUGGAAAAUCUUCUCCAGUCUUCCUGUAUUCGCAAUGUUCAAACUCCCUCUUGAACGCUUGUUCGCAUGGCAAAAUGAAGAAACAAGAACAAACAACAUGAUUUCAAACGAUGACAACAACAAUAACAACAAGUCACCGUUAGUAGAGGAGAUCACCAUCCCGUCUGUGACAGAGCUUUCAGAGGCCGGCAUACGUUUCUUAGCCAGUAAUUCCAACAUCUUAGUCACGGAUUUCAACAUUGAAACAGCAACAAUUCAGCUUCCUAUCAUUAGCUUAGACAUCAACACGCAAGUUUUACUGCGAAACUUGGUGGCAUAUGAGGCAUGGAAUGGAUCCGGGCCACUAGUUUUCACUCGUUACACAGAGUUAAUGGAUGGAAUAAUUGACACCGAAGAGGACAUAAAACUUCUUAGAGAGAAAGGUAUUAUCUUGAACCACUUAAAGAGCGAUGAAGAAGCUGCAAAGCUGUGGAAUGGGAUGAGCAAGUCCCUGAGAUUGAGCAAAGUGGAUUUCUUAGACAAGGUGAUAGAAGACAUAAACAAGUAUUACAAUAACCAUUGGAGAGUUAGAGUUAGAAAACUCAUAAAUCAAUAUGUUUAUAGUUCUUGGCAGUUCCUAACAUUAAUGGCUGCUGUCUUGCUGUUGCUCCUGGUAUCACUGCAGGCCUUUUGCUCUGUUUACAAGUAUGCUCGCGUCUUUCGCCUCAACAAUGAUCGCUGAUUGGCUGUUCAUCAUGUUGUAAAUCAUAAUUGAGUGAAAAUUUUUUCUUUCUACUUGAAGUUCUGUUGAAUGAUGAAAAGAUUGUGUUAAAGUUUCAAAUGGAAUAC